AUGUGUGGGUGUCCAGAGAUGGAAGGCUAUGAGGAGUUCUGUCUGAGGAGCUUGGCCAUACUGCAGGAGGAGGGGAAAUUCAAGAAGACGACAUGUGAGCCACUGCGGCCCCUGAAGGCUCUCUCUGUCAUCCGCUUCCACGGACGAGCUGUGCUUUCGCCUCUGUUGAGUGCAGAGCAGCGUAGUGAGAUAUUUGAACACAGACGGAAGGCGGUCCAGCUGGAGGUGGACAGGCAGAACAUGCAGAAGAACAACCCAAUGGCCCGGGUUCAGGCCAUACUGGACCAAGCUAAGGCACAUAAAGUACCAAGUGAGGAUGUUGAAAAGCUGCCAGUUUCCAAACCCGCGACAGUCAGUGGCUACACCCUGGUCAGUGACUCUCCUGGACUUCCCAGAGACCCUGGAUUUGGGCUUCAGACAAAUGAACAGCCAUGCUCUAAGACCCCCAUCCUCAACGGCUACGAGGCAGUGGAGGAAGUGAUGAGUGAGGAAGAAGAGGAAGAGGAGGAGGAGGAUAUUAGUUUGGACAGCCUUCUUAAGAGAUCAAGGGAGUAUGUGAAGAGAGAGCAGACUCAGCAGGGGUCAAACGUUGUCCACACAGUCACCAGGACUCCCCUGCCGGAGACUUACUCUGACAAGGAUAAGAAGAGCUGCAGUCCUAUAGGGGACUCAGGUUUCGAGUUUGGAUUCAGUCUGACCCAAGUCCAGUAUCAGACUCUGUAUGACCCCAGUCCCCAACAGUCUGGCUGCCUCUCACCUAGUCUACCUGACCGGUAUGCUCGUCUCCCCAGUCCAGAGUCCAGCAUUAGCUCCCGUGGACAGAAACGCAAACCACGGCCAGUUUCUACAGGGAACAUCCAUAUUUCUUUUCCCAUUGGCCCAGCAGACCUUAUACCCCGAAGCCCAGUAAGGUCAGGGGAAGGCGCUGGCAUGGCAGAUUGGGGAGAAUCUCUCUCAGGGGCCACAAAAUCCCCAAGUCACAGGGGCUCAGUGGGGAGUGAAAGUGGCAGUGGUGUUAGCAACGGCAAUUGUCGAUCCAGCCACUGUUGUACCAGUCCAUCGCAGGAGCCCUGUAGUCCCAUAAGUGCCUCUGGGUUUAGCCCAAAGGGUCACCAUGACCAUCUCGCUGCAGGAUUUCGCCGACGCUGCCACACUCUGGACAGUCAACUGCAUAGCAACCGCUCUGGAGUUGAGCACAUAGACCGUAGCCAGGAAAGGGUUCCUCGCUUCAUGGCAGGAGUUACAUGGGUGGCUCCAAGUUGGCGCACCCCUGCAGCCCCCUUAAGACAGUCGUGUGAGCUAGAUAAUCCCUCACCAACUCUGCUGAGGCCCUGCAUGACAUCUGACUUGGCUCAGAUCACACUCAGAAUGGAGCCUGAUGACGCUCAGGGGACAAACAACGGAGGGAUCACACCAACUGUCCUCAGAAAUGCAGCGGAGGCACAAGCCAACAAGACAGAAGAGACCCAGAGGCGAGCACUGGUUCUGGAGGACAUGCAAAGGCAUCUGGAGGAGGAGCAUGCCAUGCAGAUGUCGCUCCUCCUGGCUGAGCAGGAGAAAGAGCAACAGCACCUCUGUCUGGAGCUCGAAGAGACAGAUAGAAGACUGAAGGAGCAGGGGUGUGUGCGGCCUUUGAGUGGGGAUGCUUGUGGGUGGAAUUGUACGUCCAUGAGCGACAGCCGUCCUGUUGUGAGCCCUUCCUGCCCAGGACUAAGCCGUGCGGGCACACCAUCUGAGCCAUCACCUAGACACAGUAUAGGUUUUCCCAGUCCUGUAAGUUCCAGCGUGUCCUCUCCCUCUGUCCAGCCUCCCGUUUAUCUGUGGGGGCCCACAUGGUCAGUUAGCAAACCUCGAGCGAGGCUAAGUCUGGUGAUAACAGCAGAGCAGCAGAGUGCCUUCUGUCGAAUUGGCGCCAUCAUUCGUGGCUUCCUCACUCGCAGACUGCUGAAAACAGAGAAGGUCAAACACCUGCGGCAGACCAUCAUGGAUACACAGGAGUUCAUCCGUUCGUUCCAGACAGAAGCUCCACAGAAGAGAAGCCCCUGCUCAGCACAAGAUCGCUCCCUCCAAGAGAGAGUUAGAGCCCAGUUACGUGCAGCCCUUUAUGACAUCCAUGAUAUCUUCUUUGAAAUGCCUCUCUGGGACCGAUUAGCAUUGCUGCAGCAGGACAGGGAGCUCCAAGCAGAGAGGAAGCUGCGAGACAUGGAGAAAGCCAAGGGCCCCAAGGAGAGAGUGGUUCUGUCUGCUGCCACACAGAGGUCUCUGGACAGGAAAAAGAGGGUCGGUGAAUCCCCAGCAAUGCCUAGAAAGAAGCAGCAGAAGCCAAAGAGCCCCACUACUAACAGAGUCCUGAAGCCAAGCCAAGGCCAAAAUUCUCCCGUGUCAGGCCAGCUAAACCGCCAGGGGAGCUGGUACAGAAAGACACCAGAGGAGAGAGUGAGGCGCUCAGACAGCCUGAAGAAGCAGCACUCUCUGGGUUAACAGCUGACUCAACUUCCCCCGACCUGUGAACUUGAAUUUGUAGUCUUUGAAUACAAACCUUUGCUCCACUGAAAGUUUGGUCUGUGCUGCUAAUA